GAAUGCUGAACUGGACUUGCUUCGGAAAGAUGACACAAAAUGCCUAUAAAGGGAAGCAGCGGCCUCAUAGCGAAUCACACCGUCAUUGUGGCACCCAGUGUUCUCCAUUUCCACAGUUUAAACAUGGAGUCCAACAAAUUUGCGGUAUUAGCGUGUGUGAUAGUAAUUGGUGUUAUUGGAGUGUGUGAAGGAGGUGGGCUUCGUAAGAACUUUUACAAGAUGACGUGUCCUAACGCCAAGCAGAUUGUGAAGAGCAUAACAGAGAAGCGUGUGUUGGAAAGGCCUGAUUUGCCUGCCAAGUUGCUGAGAUUGCAUUUUCAUGACUGCUUUGUCAGGGGUUGUGAUGGGUCUGUGCUGCUGAACUCCACGGCCAACAAUACUGCAGAGAGGGACGCACUUCCUAAUCUAAGUUUGGCAGGUUUCGAUGUCAUUGACGAAAUUAAAACAGAAAUGGAGGCCCAGUGUCCAGGAGUGGUAUCCUGUGCCGACAUACUCGCACUAGCUGCUAGGGACGCUGUUUCCUCCUCCUUCGAUAAGCCACUGUGGCGAGCGCUCACUGGCAGAAGAGAUGGCACGGUCUCCAACAGCGCUGAAGCCCUGGCCAAUCUCCCCUCCCCUUUCUUCAACUUCACCCAACUCAAACAAAACUUCGCCGCUAAAAAGCUUACGGUCCAUGAUUUAGUUGUCUUAUCAGGUGCGCACACAAUCGGAAGAGGGCAUUGCAACUUGUUCAGCAAGAGGCUGUUCAACUUCAGUGGGAACGGUGAUCAAGAUCCUGCAUUGAACUCCACCUAUGCUGAGUUGUUGAAGACUCAGUGCCGAGGCCUCACCGACUUCACCACAGCUGUAGAGAUGGACCCCGGAAGCUCUACCACCUUCGACACCAACUAUUAUUCGAUCCUUCUUCAGAACGAGGGUCUGUUCACAUCAGAUGCUGCUCUUCUCACUGACCAGAAUUCAAGAACCACCGUCACCCAGUUGGUUCAACAAGACCGAUUCCUUAAAGAGUUCGCAGCCUCGAUGCAGAAGUUGGCGGCCAUCGAGGUCCUCAAAGGCGAAGCUGGUGAAAUUAGGACAGUUUGUGGGCUUGUUAAUUCGUAAAUAUGCUUGCUCUUCUGUCACUUUUCGCCUUCCAUUGGCGUUAACUAUGAUCGACCGGAUUCGUUCUGGAAUAAGGCCUAUUUUAUUAAGGACUUGUGGAUAAUGUGAUCUUU